AUGGCUAAUUCACUGCAUCCAAUUGCAAUAUGUAAAACCUCUGAAGUCCGAAUAAAGUCGUCGGAUAUACGGAGGUCGCAGGCCAAGCACAGCCAAGCACUAAAUUGGCAAAACAUCCGGAAAAUCUCUUUCUUCCGCUCAACCACGACCAUCCAUUUUUCCACAAUGCUCGCAGUCUCUUCUACGUCGCGCCUGGUCGCGAGAGGUGCAAGGCAGGCCGUUGUUGUUGCCGGGCAACGCCAGGCAGCAGUACAGGCCGUCCGACGGGCUGCGACUCGUGGAAUCCAAUCCGUUGCGCAGACCGAUCGCGACACUAUCACUCGUUUGCUGUACUCCAUUGGAACUAAACGCGAGGUUGAGCGUCACCUUCGUAUAUUCUCCUCUUCGUCCCACCCUUCCCAGCCGGCCAAAUUUGCUGUUAUCAAGGUCGGAGGCGCAGUUCUAGCCGAGCUCGAUGAGCUGGCACUCAGCUUGAGCUUCCUUUACCGGGUUGGAUUGUACCCUGUCGUCCUUCAUGGAGCUGGACCGCAGUUGAACGACAUCAUGGAGCGUGAGGGAGUUGUGCCGGACUAUAUCGACGGUAUUCGGGUUACGAACGCCAAAACCCUUCAAGUCGCUCGCCGUGUGUUCCUGGAGGAGAACCUGAAGCUCGUAGGCGCCCUCGAGAAGCUCGGAACUCGCGCCCGCCCCAUUACCUCGGGCGUCUUCAGUGCCGAUUACCUUGACAAGGACAAGUACGGUCUCGUUGGCAAGAUCACCAAGGUUGACAAAAGGCCCAUCGAGGCGUCUAUCCGUGCUGGAGCCCUUCCCAUCCUCACCAGCCUCGCAGAGUCUGCUGACGGCCAGAUCCUCAACGUCAACGCCGACAUUGCGGCGGGAGAGCUCGCCAAGGAGCUGGAGCCGAUGAAGAUUGUGUUUUUGAACGAUAAGGGCGGCAUGUUCCAUGGAGUCACGGGGGAGAAGCUCGAUGUUAUCAACCUCGACGAGGAAUACGAAAGCUUGAUGAAAGAGCCGUGGGUCAAGUAUGGCACGAAGCUGAAGCUCCGCGAGUUCAAAGAGUUGCUCGACCACCUCCCUCGCUCGUCCUCUGUCGCCGUCAUCUCGGCUGCAUCGCUCCAGAAGGAGCUCUUCACGGACAGCGGUGCAGGCACACUCAUCCGCCGCGGGUACAAACUCUUCAAGCACAACUCCAUUGACGCGAUUGGCGCAGACAGGUUCCGCCAAGUCGUGCACGACCGUGAUCCUGAAGUGCUCGCCGGCUUCCAGAGCGUCACAGGCGUGCUGAAUGACCUCAAAAACACCCCAUACACCAUCUACGGUGACGAACCACUCGAUGUGCUCGCAGUCGUCUCGCACCCCGAAGGCGAAGUCCCGGUUAUGACGAAACUCCUAGCAUCCCGCAGUGGUGCCCUGAACAACGUCCUCGACAAUGUCUUCCACGCCAUCAAGAAGGACCACCGCAAGCUAUUCUGGACUGCACAAGCCGAUGACGAGAACCGCGGCUGGCACUUCGAACGUGCGGACGGCAGCUUCACGCGUGCAGGCAAGAGCCUGUUCUGGUACGGCAUCCAGGACGUCGCGGAGGUCGAGCGCAUCGUGAAGGAGUUCGAAGCCAAUGGCAGGAUUGAGAGGUCAUACCUUCCGGUCGGCCCUUCCGCGCCUCCUCAUCGCGCCGCUGCUAAUGCAUCGCCUGCUGGAGCUCGUGCGUACUCGACCAUGGCUCGCCGUGCGUUUGGACGUGUCCCUGGUUCGUCUCGCGGUUACGCCACUGCUGCUUCUACCAGCACCGAGCCCAAGCGCCUCGGGCUCAUUGGCGCCCGCGGAUACACCGGCCAGGCUCUGACCACCCUCCUUUCUAGCCAUCCCCACCUCAGCCUCUCGCACGUAUCCUCUCGCCAACUCGCAGGGUCGCCGCUUGAAGGCUACAGCAAGGCCAGCGUGACGUACUCGAACCUCUCGCCUGAGGACGUGGAGCACAUGGAGAAGGAAGGCGCGGUUGACGCGUGGGUUAUGGCUCUUCCUAACGGAGUGUGCAAGCCCUUCGUUGAUGCUAUCGAUCGUGGCGCGAAGGAGCGCGGAGAAAAUGCGAGCGUCGUCGUCGACCUUGGUGCGGAUUAUAGGUUCGAGAACGGGUGGACAUACGGGCUUCCUGAACUGUACGGGCGCGACCACGUCCGCGCGGCGAAGCGCGUCUCAAACCCAGGAUGCUACGCCACCUCGACACAGCUGCUCCUCGCGCCGCUUGUACCCUACCUCAAGCCUGGUUAUCUGCCGACUGUGUUCGGUGUUUCGGGGUAUAGCGGCGCUGGGACGAUCAUGGAGAAUGACCCCGCCACGGGCAAGCUCGUCACGAAGCCCAAAGUCAGCGCUGAAUCACUCAAGGGUGGCAUCAAGCCUUACUCCCUGACGGGCCACAUCCACGAACGCGAAGCAGGGUACCACCUCUCCACGCUCCUUACCUCUGAAGCUGGCCCCGUCAAGGUCGCUUUCGUGCCCUCAGUCGCUCCGUGGUUCAGCGGUAUCAUCUCGACCGCGUCUGUACCUCUGAAGGAAAAGAUGACAGCCAAGGACGUGGCUGGAUUGUAUGAGGAGAAGUACAAGAACGAGCCGCUAAUUAGGAUACAGAAGGACGUGGCUCAGCUGCAGGAUGUUGAAGGCAAGCACGGAUGGACGGUGGGUGGGUUCCAGAUGAGCGUUGAGGGCGAUCGGGUCGUCGUCGUCGGCGGCUUGGAUAAUUUGCUUAAGGGCGCUGCUACUCAGUGCCUACAGAACCUCAACCUUGCGCUGGGCUAUGACGAAUAUGCUGGGAUUCCUACUCACUAA